CUUCCAACGGUUCCUCAGACUGAUUUCACGCUCGCCUCGGCACAGCCGGGAGGCCGCUCUCUACAGACCCCUUAUUGCUCUAUCCUGUGUGAAGUUCGAGGGCCACGCAGCUUCCAAAUCCGCAGCAGCCGCCACUCUACUGCCUAGUGGCGUCUCCAACUGUCUUUGCUGCCUUCGCAGCCAUUGUCGCCUUCCCCGCCUUCAUCGCCUUCGUCGCCUUCGUCGACAUUGUGCUUGCUAUGUCCGCCAUGCCUAACAUGCCCUUAGUGGAGCUCCGCCAGAACUACCACUUGGAGUGCGAGGGCGCAGUCAACGCCCAGAUUCAGCUGCAGCUGUACGCCUCCUACAUCUACCUGUCUAUGGCUAUGUUCUGCAAACACCUGGAUGUAGCCAUGGACCACUUCUCUAAUUUCUUCCUUCACCGGUCUCACCAGUGGAAGGAGCUCACGGAGAAGCUCAUGUGGAUGCAGACCGACCGAAGUGGGUUCGUUGUCUUUCUCAAGAUCCCGAAGCCUGAGAGGAACAACUGGCUUAGCCCCACCCAUGCCAUGGAGAGCGCCUUCAACCUAGAGAAGACCAUCAAUCAGAACCUCUUGGAGCUUCACGAGCUGGCGACCAAGAAGGGUGACCCCAACUUGUGCGACUUCCUGCAGUGCCACUACCUCCGCCCCCAGGUCCAGGUCCUCAAGGACAUGAGCCAGGAAUUGACCAACAUUCACAAGAUUGAGGCUGUGAAGGGGGACCUUUCCAACUGCCUCUUUAAAAGUCUCACCCUGAGGGAAGACGACCAGGAUGACAGAGCAUGAACUGUCGUCAGAGCCAUGGGGUCCUCCUUGGGUCACCAAGGAGGGCCUGCAUACCUCCCUAUCACCACAUUCGUUUCAACUUUCCUUUCCAUUGAGUUGUUGUUUUCAAUAAAGUUACUUGGUUC